UGGUAAAUGCGCACCCGGUCAAUGUCUCAUCAGUGUUUCAGUGUUAAAAGUACAGUUGGAAUUAAAGAAUGAGUUUUAUGGCGGAGCAAAAGUCAAAAGGUGUGGACGAUCAGUUACAAGCUUUUCUAGAGAGAGAAAGUAAAAGUCACCAGUUUCAGAAAUUGGGACACAAAUUAACUGAUGUUUGUUGGGAAGUCUGUGUUCAAACACCAGGCCAUUCCUUGGACUACGGUACUAAAAAUUGCCUCGUUAAUUGUGUGGAAAGAUUUAUCGAUAUAAGUAACUUUAUUGCCUACAGAUUGGCAAAUAUAGCCUUAUCUAGUACCAAAGACGAUACUCUGCAGUAAUCAGAUUAAUUAAUCACGAGUGCAU